UCAUUUGUGCAUCACAAGCUGGAAGACAGGGCCCCCUUCCUCCUUUAAUUUUCUGCUCCAUCUCUUCCUCCCCUACCUGGAUCCAAGAUCCAGCGAGGAGAGAGCAGAGAGGACAGAGAUGUGUGCUCUGUGUUUGAAGGGAAGGGGGAAGGCGGGCGGUCAGCGUGAUGACGAGAUGAAAGGGGCCAGGUGAGGAGGAGACACGGGACUCUCCUUCUCCCCCCCCUCUUCCUCCCUGUCUCCCUCCCUCCCUCCCUGUCUGUGACGUGGUUUGUAUGAGUGUUUGCUGUGCGUGUGGGUGAGAAAGCGCGACACAGGUCGGCAGAGCCUCAGCAGACUGUCAACCUGCACUGGAGGAAGGAGAGCUCUCCAGAUUAAGAACUUUCCAGCUGAGUAGCAUAUUGGAGAGAAGAGGACGCCUCCAGGAUAACCUCGUCUUCGAGAGGGUGAAAGCUCGUGUCGUCUACAGAACAAGAAGCUAAAAUCUAUGGAGGUCAAGGCCUGUAAGCUUUCAUGACAGAAAUUGCCGUCUAAACUUCCCAGUGACACCCUACGACAGGGGAGGAUGGGUGAUGGGCCUGUAAAAUUCAACUCUCUCUCUCCUCUUAAUCCCAUCCUCUCAUGGAGCGUCCUGUCACACCAAUCCCCUCCUGGAACACGUCGCUUUCUGCAUUUCCAGCAUCCCUGCAGUCCAAUAUCUCCAAUGUGACCGUGCCUUUCACAAGCACCCAAAGCGGAAUAGAUCUGCAUCAAUCUCUAGCGCUAUGUGCGAUGCUGAUUAUGGACGUCCUGGCAGUGGUGGGGAACUUGGCGGUGAUGAUUGUCAUCACUAAAACACCCCAGCUGCGCAAGUUCGCCUUCGUGUUCCACCUGUGUCUGGUGGACCUGCUGGCGGCGCUGCUGGUGAUGCCGGUGGGGAUGCUGUCGGACUGGAUCCUGGUGGAUGAGGCGCUGUGCCGGAGCUACCUCUGCUUAAGUGUGUGUCUAGUGAGUGCUGCCAUCCUCACCAUUUGUGCCAUCAAUGUGGAGCGUUACUACUACAUUGUUCACCCCAUGCGUCACGAGGUGAAGAUGACAGUGGGGGUGGUGGUGAUGGUUCUGCUGGGAAUCUGGAUUAAAGCUGUUAUCAUGUCAAUACUGCCUCUGCUGGGAUGGCUGCUCCAGGGGACGCCCAGCCUGGGGACAGGUGAAGUCCUCGUCCCCAGUCAGAGGCACUGUUCCCUCCACUGGACAGGAGGCAGGACCACACGCCUGGUUUUCAUGGUCUUCUUUACAUUCAUCUAUUUUCUGUGCCCUAUGCUGAUCAUUCUGGUUGUUUACUGCAAUAUGUUCAAGGUGGCCCGCGUAGCGGCUAUGCAUCAUGGCCCACACCCUACCUGGAUGGACACGGCACGACAACGGUCUGAGUCCGUCAGCAGCCACUCCACCAUAGCAGCCAGCCUCGGGGGGACUGGUGCUCGUACAACCCCUCAAAGGACCUUCACUGGUGGGAAGGCCGCAGUGGUUCUGGUGGCGGUGGGAGGUCAGUUCCUCUGCUGCUGGCUGCCAUAUUUCUCCUUCCAUCUCUACUCGGCCAUUGUGUCUACCUCUCCUGCCUCACUGGCCCAACUGGAGGAUGUGGUCACAUGGAUUGGCUAUUUCUGCUUCACCUCUAACCCCAUCUUCUACGGCUGCCUGAACCGGCAGAUUCGCGAGGAGCUGGGCCGCCACCUGGCUUGCCUUUUCAAAAGGGCCGGCCCCAACGAAGGGGAGCAGCUGCCCAGCCGUGAGGCCUCUAUUGAGGAGAACUUCUUGCAGUUCCUUCAGGGCACUGGAUGCAAUCUGGAGCCCUGCAACUCUCACAGCAGAGCCAGCCCAGAAGAGCCAGAGACUGAGGGCCUUCAGGAAUCAGCUGUUGAACAGAACACGCCAGCUGACUUCCAUAUCCCAGGGCAGAUCCUUGAGGAAACCGCAGAGUUCAUACAGCAGCAGCAACAGCUGAACAAUGAGCUUUUUGUAUCAGAAAACUGCUGCAAAACUGUACCAGAGGUGUAGAUGCCUCAUGUACUGUCUAAUAACACAAUAAAUAUGUCUAGUUUUAUUCCUAUGUUCUAGUAUUUCUUGUUUAUGCUGCAAAAUGCUUUUCAGAUAGGACUCUGACCAACUGCAAAAUGUUUUAUCUUUGAAUAAUUCAAGUUAUAUGGCUUUUCGGUGGAAAACACAUUUGCAUAUGUCUUGUGUGCAUUAUCUCACUGCAGCAUCAGGUUUUUGGGAACCAUACAGUGUCAGGCUGUUGUGGGCUGUGCCAUAUCAGCAAACACAAAACCCCUGACGUGUGUGCCACAGUUCAGUUGAAGCGAUAGACUUCACAAAAACAUAAAGAGGCUGCGAAACUUUGUGUACUUCAGGGAGAACAGCUUUGGUAGAUUUUUGAAAACAGUUGCAGCUAACUCAGUAACUGAUAUGCAUUCCUUUAUUAAUUCACUCCUUCGUCAUAAAAUUUGGGUUCUCUUUCCCUAAUUCAAUACAACCGUUAUAUUAUCAACAUGAUCACAAAAAUAAUUGGGAAAAUGGACAUCAAAGCUCACUAUUUGUAUUACAUUAAACAUACUGGAGCUGCAUCUGUAUUUUUGUCCUCCUUAAGUUUAAUUCAAACUCACUUAUAGACAAUCAGCUUCAAGUGACUCAUUGAUGCAGAAUGUUCUCUUUAGUUUGAGCCACCCGAUUAGUUAAAAACACAACAAGUACUAAAAUAUCACAAAGGGUUUGUAGAAUUGCUUGUUGGAAGAAAUAAUUACGACUAACUGUUAACAUUGCUGUUAGUUAGUUUAGUGAAUGAAUGACUUGUUUUUACUCCCCUUUCACAUCUAGAAUUACCGAGGAAUUAUCUCAAAAAGAAAUUCUCCCUAUGAAGGGGAGAGCAUCCAGAGCCUUUGAGAAGAAAAAUGUCACUUAUUUGUUGAGUGACUCAUAUGUUGAACAGGAUUUUUUCACAGCUGCUGCUGCUGCUGUUGGUAUUUAUAAUAAACAGGCCGGCAGAGUAUUUUUAACCACUUUCCAGAACGUUAUUAUCAUGUUCAUCUGUUCUUAGUCUUGUGAUUAUCACCUCCUUACCAAAAUGGGAGACUCGUGAUUUCAGCUCCUUCCACUCAAAGACAAACAUUGUGGCUGGUUUAGUUUGUUCGACGGUGGCGUUGUUUAAGAGUUUGAGCCUAGGAAAAGGGAAAAAAACAGCGACUGGUUUAAAACUAUGGAAUAAAACUUGGUGUGAAAGACGUCGGACAACCAGUCCUCCUCACCCUGUGAUGUCUGCGCUGUUUACAGGUAAACACUGGAGCAGUGUGAGUGCUCUUGUGUUUGUGCAACAAACAACCAGGCUUGUUGUGGCUACACACGGCACACAGGUGUGACAAUGCUUACAUUUGGAAAGCUUUGCCUUUGGCCUCAUUCAACAACAAAAGGAAGAUACUGGAGACACUUUCUCUGAUCUCAGGUGGAAUACAAGCAGUUUGCACAAGUCACACGAGCAGUGACAAACGUUCCAAAGAUGACUGCAAGGCACAAAUCGCAAACAAAACAAACAACAACAAAAAAACAACACAUUUUGGGGGUCUCUCUCGAUAUACUUUGUCUUUCUUGCUGCUUUCGUCUGUCUUGUGCUGCCUAAUAUGGGAUGCCUGGCAUGAUCACAAGACUCUUGACACAAGGCAUACAGGAAGGGUUCAUAGCUUGCUGCGAGUCAGAACAAAAAAAGGUCCCUUUGUCAGGUUAAUACAUAACACUCCUAAUUUUACUGCUUUUUUGUAGACUGUUUUAAUACAGUGCUGUCAUGUCAUCUUUUUCUAAAAAAAACAUAAAACAAAAAAAAUGUUUAUUUUGCACUUAUGUGGCAGAAAUUUAGUGGAAGUCAAGAACAAUGUUGAAUACUGAGCAGGAUGAAAUUGCUGCCAUACUACUUGGUGUCCCUUAGUAUGCAUCAGUUUUAAUUUAUUAUUACUAUUAUUAUUAUUGUUAGACAAUCAUUACACAUUUCACAACAGAUAUAUCAAAUGCCUUGAAUUAUCUCACCAGCACUCAUGAAAGACGGUUUCAAUUCCUUUGACAGCAGCGAAACUGCCCCAACCAAUCUCAUGAAGUGCUUUAAGCUCCGUUCUUGCCACCAUCUGUCGAUUACAAAGAUGGAGAAUUAACCUGUUCUAAAGGUGAAAGGUGGAUACUACUCUCAGCUUUUCUUGUAAUAGUCAUGUACACGGUCAUCCUAUUUUGUGCUCAUUGUAAAUGAGCACGAUGAGUUGAUAUCUCUUUUUGUACCUAAACUGAAAAGACUGUUUCAAUUCUUCCUUUUUUUUCCCUCGUUAAGAUUGUCCUGUGUAUUCUCCAUCAUCUUAAAUCAUUAAAG